UAUCCGUGCUUAUUUUAUUUCAAUUCUUUCUUCUGGAGGUCAUUGUUAACAAGCAGAAAAAGAAAGAAGUGGUCUUCCUUUAAUUGGAGCUUUUCUAACCACUCGUCACUAUGAAGAAGUACUUGUUCGUUGGGGCUGUUUUUUGUACGUUAGCAGCUUCUGUGGCCAGGACGUGUGAAUGGGCCUACAGCUGUGAAUGGGAAACACAGUGCUGCCGUAAAGAUGACAAGCCCUUCUCAGUCUACUGGUAUCCCGGGUUGGCUCUGGACGGACUGGGAGAGUGCGGUCCUCUGGGUCGGGAGGACGAGGAAUGCUUCACCGGGAUGUCCAUCGACUACUGCAACUGUGCGGAGGGGCUCACCUGCCGACCUGAAACUCCUGGAAGCGACGUCGUGAUUGGUUUCUUCACGUAUGUGAAGCACACGUGCCAACGAGACCGCCAAUGAGCGUUGUCGAUACAAACAUUGCCACGGGCCUACCGACUUUGAUGUCGGCUAGAUGAUGCUACGUCAUAAUCGUCAAGGAGAUAUUUGGAGGCAAAAUUGUAACGUUUUUCAGGAAGCUCGUUUCUGUCACAAACUGUUAAGGAGUCAAAUUGUGGUAGAAAACAGGCAGCCAGGAAAACGUAACGAUGUUGCCUGCCAAUAUCUGCUUGGAGAUGAGCUACGUGGGUUCUUAGAAAGAGGUGAAAGUCACGGUCAUCACACUGAAAUAA